AAAAGUGAUGUUGAAAUAAACGGUAUAGCUAUCGUGUUAUCUUGCUCGACGCAGCAUCAGAGUCUUCAGUAAUGAAUCUUGGAUUACAGUUCCUGGUCGUGGUUGUCCUUGGCUUCUCUCAAGCCACAGGUGUCAAUGUUCUUGCAUUCUGGGCUCUCAAUGGUUCUGAACCAGGAUUGACCCUUUAUGGUGGCCCCACCUUUGUCGAAGGUCGUUAUCCAGGAACUAAAGCCAUCAACUUUAACCAAUCAUCCAACUGCUUUGCACGAAUUCCUAAAGUUGAACUUCGUGGAAGAAGUUUCACCAUUGCUCUCUGGGUUAAAGUGAAAAGUAUCCUCGCCGAUAGAGUACAAGCAAUAUUUAGUGACUGGUACGAUCCAUGGCACUUCUUCCUUGCAGUCCAUAAAACUGGAAUCAUUCAGUUUGUUCGCCAUUCAACAGAUGCAAGCUGGUACGGUCCUAGUUUGGAAAGCAAGUCCACAAUCAACGUUGGCAAAUGGUUUCACAUUGCUGUUACAUGGGAUCAAUCAGGAGGCGUUAGCAAACUUUACAUUGACGGUAAGGAAGAAAAUACUCUUGCUAUUGACAAAAGUAGAACGUGGCAACCUCCAACGAGAGACACGUACGAGAUAGGUGAUGAUGGCCAUACAGAUGAACACCAGUUUCUUGGCUCAGUCAUGGAUUUGUACAUCAUCGAUGGUGUCUUAAAUACAGAACAAAUAAAUCAUCUCAGAGGUUUCCCUGAAAUCACCACUCCAAGCCUCUUAAACAACACGUUCGUGUUUACGAAUGAGACAGUUAAAUGUCAAGCCAAAGGUUCACCCACUCCAUACGUGGCCUGGGUACGCUCAGGGGUAGUGCUAGUAAACAAGACAUCUACUGCAGAGAUCACUAUCACUGAGAAUAAUGGCGAGUACGUGUGUGUUGCUUCCAACCGUGAAGGAACAAAGAACGUGUCCCUCAAGGCAAAAGCUCCUCUUCAGCUUUGCCAUGACUACCGCAUCAUCAGUGACGUGUCCAGGGCUGUCAACCACAUCUACCACUCAUCUCAAGUCAAGAACGAUAACACAGAUAUUGAUUUUAGCAAGUGGUAUCGUAUCCAGAGCCCAGCUGGUAAUCAGUUACCAACCACGUGUGUCCCACAGAACAGGUGUGGUACCCAGGCCCCUGGAUGGUUGAACGGAGCACAUCCAAUCAUCCAAGAUGGAAUCGUCAAGAGAACUGUCUGCUUUCACUUCAACGGUAACUGCUGUUAUCAGAGCACCACGGUACACAUCAGGAAGUGCUCUGGAUAUUACGUGUACAAGUUCAGCGGUGUACCUAAUGCAUUACCUUGUCGAUACUGCAUUGAAAAUCAACAACACGGUAACCAAGACCAUCCCGACACAAUGUUUCAAGCAAUUGACGAAGAAGUAGGUUCCCGCCUCAUUGGUCACGUGAUUCACACAGAGACAGGCGUGCAGGACGUGUUUAUUUGCAUGAGCUACUGUCAGUUGUACAAUGGUUGUAAGUCAUUUAACUUCCACAGAGAGAAAAAGAUCUGUGAGCUGAACAAUGCCACACGAGGCGAACACCCAGGUCCACUGCACAAGAAAACUUCGUCUGUUACUUACUACGAAGAAAUCAAUAUAAUCAGAUUUUGAUUUGUUCUUCUGAGCCUUAGUUCCUCUUGAUCAGCGGUAUUCUCUCCUUGCUCAUGAUUGGUGGACUAGAAGGAGGAAGACAGGCGACAAAGAUUAUAAGAACGUUUUAGCUGAUAUAUUCCACUAGGGCUCGUUUUCCAGGCACCCAUAUUCAGCACAGUACACAUUAGCACAAUACUUGAUGACAGACAAUGGGCACAAUACAACUUUCUGUUGCAACCAGCCUUUCAUAAGUUGGCAUUAUUUAGUGAUAGAGUUUUUAAUCGUGCAAGUAUAACAAAAAAUAGGAAUAAGUCAAGAAAAAAGCUUCCAAGUUUUACACUCAUACGUAGCAUUCAAGAUCACAUGUAAUAGCAAGCUCCUCUAAAUCCAGGUUCACAUUCAGUGCACUUGAUGAUGAUGCAAAUGACGCAGAGGUCCUCGUGCAAUUUCUUUGAAAAUCAAGUACAGAAUUAUAAAACACCUUUCUAUAAUUAGCUGGAAAAAAACUAGCCAUGCAAUUGGAGAACAAAGCAUUUUCCAUCAAUUGAUGGUUUUCACGGCGGCCAUGUUGGAGGAACUUAACAAAAGAUUUGUCAAUGAAUUCUUUGGUUAUAUCCUCCAACAUGGCCGUCGUGUCUGUUGUUAUUUCAUUUCAUUUCUGAAGAAAAGUCAACGAAAGCGAAAUUAUUCUUAAAGCAAUUUUACUUAUCGCCUAGAAUUUUCUUAGCACUGCCAUAAUAACUUCGGUUCAAACAUACAAAGUUUGUACUUCCCCACCGUACUCCCGUCUCCAGACCUGCGAUUGACUAUCUCCUUUGUUACUUUAUGACCCAUCAACCCUCCCUUGCGCUGUUUUGGCUCUUUGAAGACUAGCUCAGCCAGUUACCUCUCCAUUUCUCAAUGGUAUCUGAAGUACACUAGGACCACGGUGAAUCGAAUAUUAGUCGCGCGCGUUUGCAUUUAAUUUGUAUAUUAAAUUAUGCUAAUAAGUGAGGGUUUAUUUGGAA